UUCAUUUUUGCAGUUUUAAAAACUUCUAUUUUCUUGGAGAAUGGGGCAAUAUUUAACAAAAACUGAAGAAAGUUCGCUCAAUUAUGUGGAUCUACCAGAUACUGUCCAUAGAAAAAUAUUUGAAUACUUGAAUCCAUGGGAAAUCUUCAAACUAUCUCGCAUUUCAAAAGCCAUUCAUGUGACGAUCCUUAAAAACAAAAAGUUCGCUGUAAAAGAUAUUGACUUAUGUACUGAUGAAAACAUUCUGAAAUUUCAAUUUCAAUUUGUGAACAAUAUCGUUUUGUCAUGGGAGUUUUACAAUCUUCACGAGAAACCAUAUUUUACCAGCCAAUUUUCAAAUCGUUGCCAGUAUAGACAACAGUAUGAUAUUAAAAAUUAUUAUGAAAACCCCGAGGAAGCAUUUCUUUUUGCAUUCCGAAAUGCGCUUUCAAUUUUUAAUGUGCAAAAUUCCAAAUUAAAAAGAUUUUAUCUAGCUCCAAGUAAACUUGAGUUGUUCUUCAAGUUACCGUACUCAUUCAUAGACGGCCGAAAUUGUGAAAACUUGAGUAUUUGGAAUAAGAAGGCGAAUGAUGAAGAUGAACGAGACUUUUCGAUCAAUUUCGCAAAAGCUGUUUUGGAAAAAAUGGGAGUCGUGAGAAAUUUGAGAUUAUUGUUCAAUUGUAGCACAAAGGAUAAUGAAUUUGAUUGUGAAAAGGAAUACUACAAUUCUGAAACGGAUAAGUUGAUGCCAAAUGAUUGGUACUUGUACAACAAAUUCGAUGAUAUAGAUCUUAAUGUAUUUCUGAAAAACUGGCUCAACUUCAGAGAUCCUUUAAUUAGAAAAUUCCGUAUUCGAGGAAAACGAAAUUUCAAUACAGCAAUUAUUUUUGAUGGAAUUGAAACAAUUCCAUGGGAUCAAAGAAAUGGUUUAAAUGUAUAUUAUUAUUCUGCAACUGCAAAUGAUACUGGAUCUUUGAUAUUUCAAGCAAACGAAAAUCAUGCAAUCGUUAAAGUUGGAGCAAUAAAUGGAAAUGAGAGCUCUGGUUAUAUGGAAUUUUUAUUCAUUACAUUUUAAGCUCGUCGGAUAAAUUUUUGGCACUUUUUUUGAUUUUCCAAAACUUCUGGAAACGAUUAAUUUUAACAUAGAAUCAAGAGCCUAUAAGCUAAUCAAAGCUUCAACACACAUAGUUUUCAAACAAUUUCCGGAUGGCUCCGUUAGCAUUUUCAAUGAACAUUUAUUUUCCCUUUCCAAGUAUCCCGUGACGAAAAAUCAGGCCAUAAAAAUCCGCUACCUCCAAACGCGGGAAUUCAAAUCGAAUUAUGAAAAUUUGGAAUGGUAUAAAAGGAAGCUGCAGGAGGAAAUUAAUUCAGUAUCAGCCAACAUGAACAGCCUUUUGAUUGCUUCUCUCCUCAUUCUCGGGGUUUCCAGCCAAUCGACGAUAAUCAACCCGAAUUUCAACAAACAUUCUUCGGAAUCAUCGGAUCAGCCAAAGAAAAUCCUUGUAGCACCAAUGCUGAUUGUUUGCCAAGUGGAAAUUGUGUAGAUGGAGAAUGCCUUGUAGACAACGGAAACGGAGGUCUUUGCACAACCAAUACGCAAUGCCCAAAUGGAUAUCAAUGUGUUAAUCGGAAAUGCUCCAGGAAUAGUCGUCAUUUCAAUGAUCUGCCAUGUGUCACUGAAACUGAAUGUCCACCAGGAACCAGAUGUAUCAACGGAGUCUGUACUGGCAUUGAUAACAAGUUCUAUUAAGUUUUUCAUUUAAAAUAAAGUACGUUGUUUAAUAAA